AUGGGCUCAGAUGAAGUUCAAAUGAAUGACGAGAGAACUCAUGAUACAUGGUCUAUUUGUUUGCGUGCCUUCGCGGAUUUGUCACGUAUCUCUCCGCCGAUGUUUGUAGCUCUUUUGAAGGUGUGUUAUGUUCGUGGUACUGAACAGGCUACGAAGAAACUCCAGGUUCUUCAGCAACAGGUUCAUCUAGUAGUUCAGCUUUCUCCUCAGCCUGGACCUGCUACUUUUCUUUUGCAAUGCCUCUAUGUCAUUCCUGUUCUUGAACCUUUAUACACUGAAUUCUUCAGUCACUUAAUUAUAUCAUCUCUUUGUCGUCUUCUAGAAGAUAUCCCAACAGAGUCUGAAGUAAAGAAACUGGCUGCAAAAAUAUUUCUGGACGUCACUAGUGGCUUUGUCAGCCAUGAAGAGAGAGUUCUCAAAGAGCUGCUUGAAGUUGUUGAUGUCAAAUUAGAAAACAUCGCAGAAAAGCCAUGUGUGUCUAAAGAGGAGUUCCUUAUGAGGAUGAUUGAAGAAAAGCAGUUCAAAGCGGCAGAAAAGUGGGCAACAUUCGUGGGGAAGGCCUUGGUUGUAACACUAAUAAAUAGAUAUCUCGACUUGAAAUUGUUGAAGAAUGCUUCUGAUCUUAUAGAGAAGAGCAACAUCAAGCAGGAUCCCCUGAAAGUGCAUCAUAUGUACAAAAAGCUGGGCAUGUUGAGAGGAAGAAAAGUCUGCUAUAUGUAUUUGGCAAGGGAAGCAGGGUAUCCAGAGAAGGCUGAUGAAUUAUGCAAGCGAUACGCCCUUGAUGGUGUGGACAAAUCUCAAGAACCUCAAGCAAAACCACCAAUUACCCGUUUCUUGCAUCUCAAGGAACUGUUUGCACGAGAUAUUAAAUGGAUGGAUGAAGCUGAGGGUCUUGUAAGAGAUAGAUUAUGUGUUGAAGAAUAUUGCUUCAGAAAAAGCAGUUUUUUAGACCUGAGAAAGUUAUCCGAAGAUGAACCUAAAAGCUUAGACAAGUGUCUACAAAGCAUUUUGCAUUCUUCUAGCACUCUGAAGCUCAGUGAGUGA